CUCAGUACCGAUAUGUGGGCCCCACUUAUCGAUGAUCCAUACCGUUGAUCCGAUGUGCUCCGAGAUGGAUAUACCAUGCCCCCAAAAAUCCCACAGAUUGGAAACUAGCAUCAACCCAUCGUGUGUACUUAUCAAUCAAAUGUCUUCAGUAUCCACCUGCCCCAGAGGAAGGGUGAAGACCAUCUAAUGAAUAGAACUUUUGGUAAAUCCUCCAUCCGGGGCAGGUCGCACCAGACCCACUUCCUCGAUUGUCAAUCCAUGGGCCUCACUUGUUCAAAAUCAACGUUCCAAACUCCUUCAAGGUUCUUCAUUUUACGUAUAUAAUGCAGACAGACCCAAAGCAAUCUAAAACAUCAAGAUAGCAAUAACAUAAGAGUGCUUCCUCACCUUCUCCAUGGAGCUUUGGUCCCUCAUCUUCCUCUCCAUCUCCCUCCUCCUAGCUGCUGUUGGAUUCCUGUUCAACCUCCCAAACACCAUCAUCAAGAACAGAAAAAAACUCCCACCUGGUCCACCCACAAUUCCCAUAUUGGGCAACAUCCUAUGGCUGAGAAACUCUCCCCUUGAUCUGGAGCCCAUCCUCCCACAUGUCCACGCCAAGUACGGCCCUAUCGUCACCCUCCAAGUGGGCCAGCAGACCCUUAUCUUCAUAAGAUCACACUCCUUAGCCCAUCAAGCUCUCAUCCAGAAAGGAUCCACUUUCUCCGAUCGACCUCCGGCGGUCGAAGCCCGUCGCAUCAUAACCUGCAACCAACACAACAUCAGCUCAUCUACCUACGGCCCGCUCUGGCGUCUCCUACGACGGAACCUCAUGUCUGAAAUCCUCAACCCCUCGCGCCUUAAAUCCUACGCUCCAGGCCGCAAGUGGGUCCUCAGCUUGUUGAUCGAACGGCUUAGAUGCCAGGCCGAGUCGGGUAAGCCCGUCCAUGUCAUGGAGAGCUUUCAGUACAGCAUGUUUAGCUUGCUCUUGCUUAUGUGUUUUGGCCAAAAGCUCCAUGAAAGUGAUGUGAAAGAGAUCAAAGCUGUGCAGCAGCGCUUGCUCUUGAGUGCUUCUGCCCAUUCCAUCUUCACUUUCUUGCCAAUGCUGGGAAAGAUUAUCUUUCGAAAGCAGUGGAACAAUGUCUUGGCGAUACGCAGAAGACAGGAAGAGCUUUUCAUCCCUCUCAUAAGAGGGCGGAAAGAUCGAAACAAGCCACAUGAAGAGGGAAGCCUUCCCUUUUCUUACGUUGAUUCCCUCAUUGAACUCGAACUCCCCGAAGAGGGAGGGAGAAAGCUUACUGAAGGUGAGAUGGUGACCCUUUGCUCGGAGUUCCUUAAUGCAGGGACGGACACAACGUCCACAUCACUACAGUGGAUCAUGGCGAACCUGGUGAGGCAUCAGGAUGUGCAGGCCAAGCUGGUGGAAGAGAUCGAGCAGGUUGUCGGGGAUGGACGAGAAGACAUUGAAGAGGAGGAUUUGCAGCGGAUGUCAUAUCUGAAGGCAGUGAUCAUGGAAGGACUGCGGCGGCACCCACCAGCCCACUUCGUGCUGCCGCAUGCAGUGUCGGAGGAGGUAUUAUUGGAGGGGUACACAAUACCAAAGAAUGCGACUGUGAAUUUCAUGGUGGCGGAGAUGGGGUGGGAUGGGAAUGUGUGGGAGGACCCAAUGGAGUUCCGGCCGGAGAGGUUCUUGGGAGAGGGAGAGGCAGUGGUGGACAUAACAGGGAGUAGGGAGAUCAAGAUGAUGCCGUUCGGGGCAGGCCGGAGGAUAUGUCCUGGGCUAGGGCUUGCAAUGCUUCAUGUGGAGUAUUUUGUGGCUAAUCUGGUGAGGGAGUUUGAAUGGAUGGCUGUGGGAGGAGAAGAAGUUGAUUUGGCUGAGAAGCGGCAGUUCACUGUUGUUAUGAAGAAUCCUUUGAAGGCUUGCAUCACUCCAAGGAAGAAAUAAAAUAGCCAAGUUCUUGUUAUAAAAACAAAUGUAAAACAGAGCUUUGUUCUUGUUUUCAAACUCAGAGAUCUCAA